AGAACUGCUUUGCGUGUACAUUCGAUGACAAGUGCGUAACUGUGUUGAAACCUGUGCUCCGGGAUCCUCAACUCGGUUUUUUCUACACUUGCAGAAAAGGCGUCCACGACACAAUUCAGAGGCUGGCAUACGCUACUGGUUCUGACAAUCGCUUCGUAUUCCAGUACAGCACCUCCAGGAACUGGGUUAAAGUUUUCCAUCAGUAUGGUUCAUGAAGCUGUGGUCCGGAAGCGCAGCAUGGUGGCCAAGAACAACCCCACCGUGCAGGGCAUCGACAACUACGCCCUCGACAUCGUCAUCAAGAACGACGAGUUGCCUCCCAAGGAUGCCGGCGUCGGCAGCAGCGUGGAUGACCUCAAGACGCUGGGAGGCGACGCGACGCGCAUCGGCGAGUCGCAGGCGGCACUCACGGAGGCCGACGGCGACCACAUCGUCGCUUCGCACCCCACAUCGUACCUCGAGACGAUGAUCCACCUGCUGAAGGGGAACGUCGGCUCCGGCAUGUUCGCCAUGGGCGACGCCUUCAAGAACGCCGGCUUGGCCCUGGGCACGGUGGCCACCAUCUUCCUCGGCGUCAUCUGUGUGCACAGCCAGCACCUGCUGCUGUCAGCGUCGCAGGAGAUGGCGGUACGGACGAAAACCUCGCGCCUGCCGCACUUUGCCGAGACGGUGGAACAGUGCUUCCAGACGGGGCCGCAGCGCCUCCGGAAGUACGCCGCCUUAUCCAGGUGGAUCGUGGACGUGUUCCUGUGCAUCACACAGUUAGGAUUCUGCUGUGUGUACUUCGUUUUCAUUGCAGAUAGCAUCAAACAGGUGGCCGACCAGUACGGAGCGUACCUCAACUCGCACCUGCACAUGGCGCUGGCGUUCGUGCCGAUCCUGCUGAGCUGCUGGAUCCGGUCGCUCAAGUUCCUGGUGCCGGUGUCGCUGCUGGCCAACGUGCUCACCGUGGCCGGCCUCGUCGCCACGCUGUACUGCCUGUCCAUCGACCUGCCCAGCCCCUCGGAGCGGCAACUCGCCGUCUUCAGCUGGUCGCAGCUGCCGCUCUUCAUCGGCACCGCCAUCUACGCCUUUGAAGGGAUUGGUCUCGUGCUUCCGCUGCAGGAGCAGAUGAAAAAGCCCCAGCAGUUCACCAGCCCGCUGGGAGUCCUCAACGUGGGCAUGAGCGUCGUCUGCUCCCUCUUUGUCAUCACUGGCUUCCUGGGCUACCUGAAGUACGGAGACGAUGUCGAGGGAUCCAUCACCCUCAACCUGCCGCCCAAGGAAAUCCUGUCGCAGGUGAUCAAGGUGGUGAUCGCGCUGGGCAUCCUGUUCUCCUACGCGCUGCAGAUGUACGUGCCGGUGAGGAUCAUCUGGCCCGGGAUCGUCAACCGCUGGGGACCCUUCAGGCGCCCGGCGCUCGUCGAGACGGCCUUCCGGACCGCCCUCGUAACUCUCACCUUCGUGCUGGCUGAGGUGGUGCCCAACCUGAGCGUGUUCAUCUCGCUGAUCGGGGCCGUCUCGUCGUGCACCUUGGCCCUGCUCAUACCGCCCGUCAUCGACGUCGUCUACCGCUGGGAGUACGGUAUCUCCUGGCCCCUCGUCAUCAAGGACGGCUUCAUCUUCUUCGUCGGCGUCGUCUCCUUCCUCACGGGCACCUACGCCAGCGUCGUCUCCAUGGUCCAGCAGCUCUUCUGAGGCAGACGGCGGAGCUCUCCUCGGCGGAAGGUCGCUCCCCUGGCAUUGUGGAAGGCGCCACCCGGUCUGCCAGCACAAAGCUGGUGCCUCGCUCUCACUUCCCCACUGCUUCCCGCAGAGCCAAGUGCCGCACUUACAGAUAUUCGGAGGGCUGUUCGCCCAGCCCCUUGUGCUGCGUAUUCUGAACGGAACUCGAUAUA